UGUGCAGCGAGGAAUGCUGGCCGUGGGCAAGCAUCCGACGCCAGCGUUUUCUACGAGAAUUAUGAAGAAGAAAUAGAGGAAGACAUGGAGGUGUUAGCGAGCUCCGACGGUCCCCCGUGAGCCAAGGCCUUCGAGGUCAAUGGUCUAAUGCAAAUAAUGCUUCCUUGUUAGAACUGUGCAUAGCGCAACGUAUAGCAGGAGCGUAUAAUGGUGCACAAAUGAGUGCUGAUGGGUACCAAUCAAUUGUUGAUGGCUUGUUGGCUAGAAAGAGGUUGGUCUAUAGCAAACAACAGGUGAGGAACCAAAUCGGGGUACUGAAAAACACCCACUGUUUCUAUCGAUACUUGCAAGUGCACACAGGGUUUGGAAGGAAUCAAGAUGGAUCCAUUGAUGCAGAUUUUGAUUUUUGGAUAACACAUACAGAGAAGAAAUCAUACCUCAAGAAGCUGCAAUAUGGUCCUCCAGCAAACUUGGAGUUGCUAGACCAACUUUGGAGAGGGAUAAUAGUUUACGGAAGCGGGGCCUUCGUGGCUGGAGAUGACUACGGUGAAAAUGAGGGGCAAGAUGUAGGGGCUGCAAAUGAAGAUGAGUUUCAAGCAACACCUAAUAGCACAAGGAGCCAGAGGAGCAAGAGGUCAUUGGGUAGCACACAAAGCACUUUGUCUAGUCCAGUGAAAAAGAACAAGAGCCCAAUGGUCAAGAUUGUCAAGGAGAUAGCCCAUACCUUCAAAGAGUAUGUCACAAUCAAUAAUCAGGUGAUACAGAAACGUUCAACUCAGAAGGAAGCCUUUUCUGUUGGGAGGUGUCAGCAGCUGGCCUUUGAGUGUGGCGUUGAGAGGACUGUUGAGUCUGUCUAUGCUAUGUCCAAGCUGUUUCAAACAGAGUACCAAAGGGAGUUUUUCUGUGGCCCAUUAAUAACACCUGAGCUUCGAUUGAGUUACUUCAACAAAUUGUGCAGGGACAACAAUUUGGAGUAGUUAGGGACUACUUGGAGCUUCAGUUGAUGUGUCAUGUGUCGAACUAUGCUAUAUGUGUGUUGAUGUGUCGAACUAUGCUAUAUGUGUGUGAUGUGUCGAACUAUGCCAUAUGUGUGUGAUGUGUCAAACUAUGUUAUGUCGGUGUGGUGUCGAACUAUAUCUGUGUGUUAUGUCAUGAACUACAUUGGCUAUGUGUUGAACUUAUUUC